AUGACACGAAGGGAUGAUAGGUCUGCAGCCUGCAGUUACAGCUAUCCCGCCCUCCCAUGCUUCGAGCGUUCCUUCCAGUGACUUCCAUGACCGGCAGCUAGAUCUCAUCUCGCAAGUGGAAUGACCGCCUCGAGGUCUCUCCUCGCCGUCAUCCUCCUGGCCGCGACCGCCGCCGACGUCGACGCCCUGGUGUUCGACGUGCCAUCGGGCGGCUCCAAGUGCCUGACCGAGGAGCUCCGCCGCGGCGCGCUCUCCCACGCGUCGUACCGCGUGGCCGAGGCCACGUCGGCGGCGUCCUCCGCGGUCUCGGCGCGCGUGGCGGGGCCCCGCGGCGAGGAGCUGCACCUGACGGAGGGCGUGGAGGCCGGGGAGUUCAGGUUCGAGGCGGCGGAGGACGGCAGGUACACCGCCUGCUUCUGGACGCCACGCUACUUGCGCGGCGCCAUUGUCUCCAUCGACGUGCAGUGGACCACCGAAGUCCGCGACCACGCCGGUGGUGCCGGCUCCCCGCCAGCCGUCGCAGCCGCCAAGGAAGGCCACAUCGAUUCGAUGAUUGGAGAGUUGAAGAAAUUGGAGGUUUCUACUCGGCUCAUACAUGAAGAGAUGAUUUCUCUCCGACGGAGCGAGGGUGAGAUGCAAAAGCUCAACGAAGACACGACCAUGAAAAUACACUCGUUCACCCUGCUAUCGCUGGCAGUUUGCGUUGGAGUUGCAGGGCUGCAGCUGUGGCAUCUAAAGACUUUCUUCCAAAAAAGACACAUACUUUAGGGACUAGAUGGAACAAGGAGGGCCAUGCCUUACUGAUUUUUUUUUUCAAAAAAAAAAUCAUGUACAAAUAUAAUGAACUCGGAGGGUCUUGCCUCUCUCCGAGUUCAUCACUGUACAUUUAUUCUUCAGAAAGGAAAUUAGUGCAAGUCCA